AUGGCUCAACUACAAGGACGCGCUGGCGAUGAAGCAGUCCAACCGCCUUUAUCUCAGGCUGUCGGUUAUGUUAUUGUUGUCGUUGUUGGUUUGAUUAUCGCGCUGGUGAUGAUGUUAAUCACUCGAGUUCUGAAAAGGACUACGGGUGAGGACAAUAGGAAAACAGAAAUGUUUAUGACCGCAAACCGCACAGUGAGGACGGGAUUGACUGCGUCUGCUGUGAUAUCGUCAUGGCUCUGGACAACUGCCCUGCUCGGCUCCUCCUUUGUGGGAUACAAUUACGGUGUUUCGGGUUCCUUCUGGUUCGCGGCUGGAUGCAGCCCCAUGAUCGUUUUCUUCGCUUUACUGGGAAUAUCAUGCAAACGAAAGAUCCCCGAGGCACAUACAUCACUCGAAGUUGUUAGAAUUCGCUACGGGAAAAUCGCACAUGCCGUGUUCAUGACCCUUUGCUUGGUCAACAAUAUCUUCGCAUGUGCAAACAUGUUACUCGGCGCGGCUGCGGUUAUAUCAGCAGUUACGGGAAUGCAUAUUAUCGCUGCUACGUUUUUACUGCCUGUCGGAGUCACUGUUUAUACUUUUGUUGGUGGUAUCAAAGCAACAUUCCUGACAGACUACUUCCAUACAGCUAUCAUUCUGAUCAUCGCCUGCUACUUCUCCAUCAAAGCGUUUACCUACGAGGAGGUCGGGUCGAUCGGAAAACUAUACGACCUCGUUCAAGCUGCUGCUCAACGGCACCCGGUCGCAGGAAAUCAUGAUGGAAGCUACUUAACGAUGACUUCCAAGGGGGUAAGUAAUAUCCUGCACAUUUGCUCCAACUUCGGCCUCGUCAUCAUGGACACCAGUUACUUCAUCAAAGCUUUCUCGGCUGCUCCCUCAUCAGUCGUACCGGGAUACACGAUCGGAGGUGUUGCAUACUUUUCUAUCCCAUGGGCCUUGGGAACUGUGAUGAGCUCGCUCGCCCUAGGGCUUGAAAAUAGUUCUUCUUUCCCCACGUUUCCUCGCAGGAUGACAACGACAGAAGUCAGCAACGGGCUUGUCCUCCCAUAUGCCGCUAUCACAAUUGCAGGCAAGGGAGGUGCAGCAGCCGUGCUCCUAAUGACCUUCAUGGCUGUAACAUCUACGCUUUCGGCCCAGGUCAUCGCCGUCAGCUCUAUUCUCAGCUUCGAUGUGUAUCGACAAUAUUUCAACCGCAACGCUUCGGACAGGGAUAUUAUCCGCGCUAGUCAUUUCGGAGUGAUUUUCUUCGCGGCCUUCUCGGCUGGUUUUAGCACCAUGCUGCAUUACGUCGGGAUCGAUCUUGGAUGGACAUUAUACAUGCUUGGUGUCGUAACCUGUCCUGGCAUCUUCCCCAUGGCUUUCACGAUCCUCUGGCGCCGACAAAGCAAAGCCGCGGCAAUCCUCUCGCCUAUCCUAGGUAUGGCUACGGGUAUCGGUGUCUGGCUCGGCACGGCGCAGCACUUCUACGGCGCAGUUUCCGUUUCAGCAACAGGUCAGAUUCUACCGUGUGUAUACGGAACCGUGGCAUCUGCUUGCUCGCCCAUUCUCUACUCGGUCGUUAUCACCCUGAUCAGGCCGCAAAGAUACGACUGGUCGGAGUUCAAGAAAGAAAAGCUCGCACUGGAAAAGCUAGACAGUGAUCUGACGACCGCACAUAACGAGCAUAUCCCGAACGACACCAAUGUUGAAAACGGAUCAAGAACCUCAUCUGCGCCAGAAGCAAAAGAAUUGAAACGAUGGGGUCGCAUUGCGGCCUUUUGGUCCAUCGCAACGUUCUUGGGCCAUUGGGUUAUUUGGCCGCUACCAAUGUAUGGAUCAAAAUAUGUGUUUGGCAAGGGAUUCUAUACUGCCUGGGUCGUUGUUGCUAUCAUUUGGCUGUGGGGCACAACACUCAUUGCUAUUUUCUAUCCUAUCCUGGAUGGAGGUAUUCAGCAGAUUGCCCAGAUUUAUCGCGGGCUGAAUGGAAGGGGGACUUGGACCAAGGAUGAUGAAGGUACGGAGACGCCGUCAUCGCCGUCUGUUACGGGGGUUCAAGAGGUGGAUAAAGAGGGCAUCUGAACGGUCGCAUAUUACAAGGAUCUAUGAUGAGGAUCUGCCGUGAAGAG